AUGGAUGAUAAAAAUAGCUGCAGAAUAUGCUUUUCUAUAUAUUCAAUAGAUGAUUUACAUUUUUUUCCAAUUUGCUAACAUGUCUUUUGUAAAUUAUGUUUAAAAACUACAUAUGAAUAAAGUAUAAGAGAAUAAAAGGUUUAACUUAAAUUUUAUGCAUGUCCAUUUUGUAACACUCAGAUUAUUGAUAAUAGAUGGAUAUAAAAUGUAGUUAGUUAAGAUCUUUAUUCAUAAUAUUGUGAACUUUUAGUUAAGCAAAAUCUUAUUGAAUAUUUAGUUGAUGAUGAAAUUCUUGUAGGAUGUAAAAAUUAAUAAUGUUCUUAUUAAUUUAUGAUAUGGAAACAUGCAGGUUGUUUUAUGAAUCAUUAUUUAAGAUCAUCAAAAAUGCCCGGUUUGUAAAUAAUAACAUUGUAGAAAAUGUAAUAAUGAUCAUUAGAUUGGAAUUUCUUGUGAAUAAGGAUAAAAUCUAAGAGAAGUUAGUUAUAUAGAAAAAAAGAAAAAGUUACAUAUUAGUAGAUGCCCAAAAUGUAAAGUUUUAGUUGAGAAAAUAGCAGGAUGUAAUUUUAUGACUUGUAAAUGUGGAACUUAUUUUUGUUAUGAAUGUGAUCAAUAAUUAUAAAAAGAGGUAAAUUAUAGUUAUAAAAAGGAUCAUCAUAAACAUUUUUAAUAAAAUAAAUGUAUAACUUUGUUAAAUGGUAAAUAGAAUAAUCCUAUUGUUAAAGAAUAAAAGAAAUUCAGAAUAAUUAGUGUGUUUGAUUAUAUUCCUUGCUUUUUUUGUUAGGGAGUCACUGAACCUCUAAUCGAUAAACUGAUUUACUAAUGUAAUUCUGAAAAGUGUAAGGGAUUAUGUUUUUGUACAUAAUGUUUAUGCUAAUUAAGAAAAGAUGAUAUUCCUUAUCAUUUAGAACGUUUAAAUUGCUUAUAAAAAUGA